AUGGUGCUUGUCAAGGGCGACGCACGUCUCGACCAUCACAACGACGUUUUGAUCACUGGAAACCAAAGCGCCAUGACGACGCCGAAUACGACAAACGCGAGCGUGCUCGCCAAACAUUCGCAUACUCCACUCACCAACACCAACACCAACAGCAACCCUGCCCACGCGCACACUCCUCGCAGCGUACCUCCAACGGCCGCAAAAGCCGCCUCUGUCACCACGGCGCAACCACAGCAUGCUCCAGCUUCCAAGCCCGCAAUUGGCGGCAUUGCCAUGACGAGUAGCUUGAGCCAGGCGAGCAACCUCUCAGCCAUGUCUAACUCCCUGCUGGCCGCCUCGCCUUCCAACAACCUGCUCGCCUUUGCCUCACCCGCUGCCCUCGCUGGCCUCGACAUGACCACCCCAUCUGCUCUGCUCGAUGCCGCUGCCACUUCACAGCCCAUGAACCUGAGCCUGUCCGAUUUGGGCAUAUCCUCUCACAAGCCCAAUCAGGACGAAGAACGCAGGCUCAAGCUAGACACUAUUCUCACAAAACUCCUGGGUCCUCAGCAUCACCGCCGCUUUGGCAGAGUCAGCGAAGAAGGCGUGAGAAGAGUUGGACGAUGGGCUGGACUAGACGUCGAGGUCGAGGCCAAGAGGGAGGCGCGGAAGUUCGAGGGCAACAGGCCUGUCGCCGUAGCAGGCAAGAACAAUGUCCUGAUUGAUUUCCAGUUCAAGGACAACCUCCCGACCCACAUCGAUCUUUCCUUCUCCAGCCAAGACCAAGCUGUAACAGCCCACCAGCCUGCCGCCGCAAGCGUUCUUCUCCAAGACUUGACACCCGCGCCUGGUACCUCUGCCAUCAACACCAAACUCGACCGCUUCGCCGCGAACCUCGAAAUUCUGGCCAGAUUGGACAAACUUAGUGUGUACAAUCAGCUCAACUGCUUCGAAGCAAUUACCGGUGUCUAUGAGAGCCUGAAGAAGCUUUACGAAUAUGAGAAACAGGCAGCCCGUACGAUCGUGCAGGCGAAACGCGGGAAUUCAGAGUUGAGAGCAGAGCGACAUGUCUUGUGUAAAAGAAGCGGUCGUCCUCAAAUGCAUGCGCGCAGGAAAAUUGGCUUGAGUUUGGACUACUGGAUGGAAAAGAGCAACAUAUACCCAGCUGGUUCCGCCGAGAAGGUGAGAGACGCAUCCGCGAUGGAUGUCGAUUCCCAGCCUUCUGAGACGCCAUUAAAAGACGCCGACGAGACCGUUUUUGCGCUGGACAUCACAGCCGAGGCGGGCUCCCCUGAUCCAUACUCGUCUAUUCGCGUCUCUUCUGCCUGGAUCGCGGACCGCAUCCUUAAAUCCGCCGAAGAAACGACGGACCCUACCGAUUUGCUCUCUGGUACUCAAAGCAUCGAUUGGCAAGAUCCAGCUCCUACUUACCUAUCCGACAACGAUCAGAACAGCAGUGACGCUAUGGCUAUCGACAGCAAUCCCAGCACCGGUGUUCAAAAACUGCCCGCGGUACGCUUCGUAGCGCGGCUCAACCCACCACUCACCAUGCCCUGGACAGCCGCGGCGGCCAUACUACAGUCUGUCGGCGCUGCCAGCGUCAUGUCCGACAUUCCGGAUGUUCAGCGCACCUACGAAGGAUCGCUCCUCCAGAAGCCUUCUGACGUACCGCUGCUUAACAAACCCCACCAAUCUUCUGGACCCGCUGCUUCAACCACAAAGACCGUGCUCACUCCUGAUGGCGUGACUGUGCAGCACAAGAAUGCGCUUUAUGUGCCUAAGCAAGACUUUGGCUAUGUGCUAACGUCUAUUCCAUUCGCGCAUCCUCGCCAAGUGGUUGCUCUGUUACCUGUACUGCGACAAUGGGCUUAUCUGGGAAGCCUGCUCAAGGGCACCUUUGCUAAGACGGAAAGUGCUGUACCUUCCAAGGACGAAUCGUCAUUCUCACUGGCAGAUCUUCUUAGCGGAACAAACAUCAGCACAGGAAAUGCUGUUGCAGUCGAUGUCUCGUUGUCCACGCAACCCUCACCAACCCUCGAAUUCGUCUUCCCAGCCCAAGGAGUGGAAGGCGGUUUGGCGAGUCUUAGUGCCAGCGUCUCUGCUGAUGGUCAAGUGGUUGUCUUGUCACAGAACGUGGCCAAGGGUAGUCAAGAGGAACAANAAAAGGCUGCGCGUAAGACGGCAAAGGCCUUGGAACUCGUAGGCGAUAUUGGCGUCUGGGUCGAAUGGAUCAGAAAAGUUUACGGAGGAGCAUAG